AAGCACAACUGUACUCUGAAUGGUGGAAGAUUCUUGCUAACCGCAACAGUGCAAUUGUGUGCGUGCUUGAAGAACCUGAACAACAGGGUUUGGUCUUUACUUUUGAUUCCAGUAGGUAUGAGUCUGACUCCACGAGCAACCCUUCACAAGGUCGACCACUGAGUGUUUUGAAGACACCUGGAUUUAAGGAAACCCUGUUGUUACUUGCCUUCUUCGACAGUAAGACAUGGUAUUCUGGAUUAUUUUCCCCCUCUCCCUCUCCCUGGUGUCCUUCACUGGAACAUGGACUGUAUAUGGCCUGGCCUUCGCUUACAAUCAUGUGUGCUCUCUUAGUGACUGGGGGAAUAACAACUACUGCAAAGUGAAUCGGACCAUUGACUGUUGCUUUGUUCCCACUAUAAGCUCAAGUGGAAUAAACGCACCAGAAAAUUCCCUUUUUACAGCCACAAUCAACGCUGGAUCCUUUCUGUUUCUGAUCUUCUGUAUAUUUCACCAUGCACAUAUUAUGGAGAGGCAUGCAUGCCACUCCAUGCUGAGCAAGUUUGCUCUUGUCUUUGGCGUGGUGGCAGCCUUGGGGGCAUUCGCAGCUGGAAACUGCAAUCCAGGUUACCUGGCACUGCUUCACUACCUCGGCGCUGCCUUGAGUUUCUUGUGUAUCUGCUUCUACACGGUCCUGCUCACUGCGCUGACUGGGAAGUGUGUGCUGACCGGAUUUGAGAAUAUUCUCUACCCAUUCCGCAUCACCUCCACUGUGAUUCAAACCAUUGUCACCAUCUGCUAUACAAUUUUGUUUGCCCAGGAAGACUACUAUUACGUUCACUUGUCGGCUAUAUUUGAAUGGAUGCUCAGCUUCAACCUGGAGCUGUUUGAGCUAAGCUUCGUCGUGGAGUUUUGGUUCUUCUCGUCCUUCAUGCUUUCAAACCUGUUGAGCAGACGAGAGGAAGCAAAGCCUUUGAUGAUGACAAUGUCCUGAUAUGAGGCUGCCACGGCCCAGGUGACACCCAUGAGCAGUGAUGAUGGACUGAGUCAGACAUCUGGAAAGACUUCUGUGGCUGGACCGUAGCUGGUGGAGCAAUAAUUGUUUUCAUCAUUCUGCCAGAAUGGAUUCAAAGCCAUUUAUGGAUUAUUACCACUUUUACUCCACUCUUGCCAAGAAUUUGAUGAUUUUCUUUACUGGGCGUUCCUUUCUGAACUGUAGUUCUUAUCCUUUAUUUAAACAAGCGUACAGCUAGUACAGCAAAUUACCAAAACAUAUCAGUUGUAUUAUGCUUUCGUGAAAGCCAUGGCAAUGCUGUGCCAACAGAACAAUUAGCCUGAUGUGUCUUACUCCCUGUUUGUUCGUUCUUUUGUUACACUUUAGUGGAUGUUAAUAUCAACAAUGAUUCCCUCAUUUGGUACACUGAAUAUGACCAAGUCAUAACAAUAUCACUGUUGGCUUAACAUUAACGUUUUUAAGCAUUUGCAAAUAGCUUUGG